GCCGAUUCUGACGGCAAGGUCUUCCGUUUCACCUCGCGAGCGGCCGGACCGGAACUGUGGCUGAAAGUCGAGGAGAGGAGAGGCUACGUCCUGGCAGCUUUCUUGAGACCGGAAGCCGCCGAGGCACGCACGGUCCGUGCGCACGGUCUCCUUGCAUCCAACAGCACAAUCGGGGAUGUGGCAGACUGCAUCCUUCCUUCGAAGGAGACCUUGGCGUUGGCCCACAGAGUCGCCUCGAGAGCCGGCCUUCUCGAAGGAGGAAACGAGACCCCACGGGUUCUGGCGAUGCACGUGCGGGUCUUCAAGUGGAGCACCUCAACCUCCGGGGGCCACCUGAUUCCGGAGCUCGCGGACAUGCAGGAGUAUCUCUGCAACAUCGAGCCGGAG